AGGCUUCGGUCGGAGUCAGGAUCCUACCCGUGAUAUGGACAGAUGUAAGGAAAACUGCGGUUCCAGGCCUGCUAAGACCACAGUUCCCUUUGGUCCAAAACGAGUCUUGGUGACAGAGCAGAUUCCUUCUCAGAACCUAGGAUUGGCUAGCAGUGGCCAGGCCCAGCGGGUCCUGUGUCCUUCCAACUCUUCCCACCGUGUCCCUUCACAAGCACAGAAACUGGCCUCAUGUCAGAAGCCAGUGCCAAAGCAGUUGCCAGCUGCCAGCGUUCCUCGACCUGUCUCCCGGCCCAGCAACCCCCAGAAGAGUGAGCAGCCCCAGCUCACAGCCUCUGGAAAUAAUUCUGAAAAGGAACAGGUGUCAAAACAGAAAACUGAAGACUCAAAAAAAAGGCAGUGGACUCUGGAGGAUUUUGACAUUGGCCGCCCCCUGGGUAAAGGAAAGUUCGGAAAUGUUUACUUGGCAAGGGAGAAGCAAAGCAAGUUUAUCCUGGCCCUGAAGGUGCUGUUUAAAAUCCAGCUGGAGAAAGCAGGGGUGGAGCACCAGCUUCGAAGAGAAGUGGAGAUACAGUCCCACUUGCGGCACCCCAAUAUCCUCAGGCUGUAUGGAUAUUUCCACGAUGCCACCAGAGUUUAUCUAAUUCUAGAGUACGCACCCCUUGGGACAGUCUAUAGGGAGCUCCAGAAGCACUCCAAGUUUGACGAGCAGAGAACGGCUACCUACAUCACCGAGUUGGCAAAUGCUCUGUCUUACUGUCAUUCAAAGCGAGUCAUCCAUAGAGACAUUAAGCCAGAGAACCUACUUCUUGGGCCAAAUGGAGAGUUGAAGAUUGCAGACUUCGGGUGGUCUGUGCAUGCUCCAUCUUCCAGGAGAACCACACUGUGUGGCACCCUGGACUACCUGCCCCCCGAGAUGAUUGAGGGCCGGAUGCAUGAUGAGAAGGUGGACCUCUGGAGCCUGGGUGUCCUCUGCUAUGAGUUCCUAGUUGGGAUGCCCCCCUUUGAGGCACAGACCUACCAGGAGACCUAUAGAAGGAUAUCACGGGUUGAAUUCACAUUCCCCGACUUUGUGACUGAAGGAGCCAGAGACCUCAUUUCAAGACUGUUAAAGCACAAUGCAAGCCAGAGGCUAACACUAGCGGAAGUCCUUGAGCACCCCUGGAUCACAGCCAAUUCCUCAAAGUCUUCGACUGGCCAAAAAACCAAAGAACUCACUAGUAAAUCGUCUUAGAGAAUUCGGAGUCAUGGCCACUGUGCAACUGUUAGAAAUGCUCCAUCAAGACCUGCGGGAGCAUCGUCACUGCCCCCGGUGUACCCUGCUGAGCAGGCAGUCCCUGGCCUUGCAUCCAGGAAGCCCCACCUGAGCGAGAACCGUGCUGCUUUUCCUGGUUCAGUAAUCUGGAGGAAGGUUCCACUGCAACAGUUCCCAUGGCCUGUGACCCCAGAGUGUCCUUGUGGGGUCUCACUGUGGGAAAGUUCUCACUCUGGCCACCUCCCCAGUGAUCACCUGUGUCCGUAGCCUUCAAGUGCCUGAGUGUGUGUGUAACUUAUUGGGCCGCCAGGCCUGGGAAAGCUGUUGGAAUGAAUAUGUAGUUUUCUUUUAAAUGUUAAAAUAAAGGUUUGUAUAGCCUUUUAAAUGUUAGAAUAAAGGUCUGUAUAGCCUUUUCUUAAGUGGCAACCCUUCAGAACACUGGGAUUCAGAUCCUCAGCCACCUUAACGGAGCCUGUGCUCAAUCUGCUUUGGACUCGACUCAGGUGUUUCUAGAUGUUAUGGGCUGUUACGCUGGAGUUCUGUCAAUUAUACAAACUUGUUAAAUAUAUAAAUGUAUGUAUAACAUC